CAUCACGCACAGGCACAGCCUUCUUCCACCAGAGAAUCAGCUUCAGCUUACAGUGAUCAUACGUAUAGAUACAUCGAUAUAUACAUAUACGGAGAUAUGUGGCGGUCUGUGUCACGUGGCCUUCGCAUUCCAUCCCGGAGAUCCAUCUCCGGCCACUCUAUUUCACAAAGAUUCUUCUCUUCCCAAUCGAAUACAGGGCGGUCAUCGUAUACUAUUGUAGAUCAUACAUAUGACGCUGUUGUGGUCGGGGCAGGAGGGGCUGGACUUCGAGCUGCUAUAGGGCUCUCUGAGCAUGGAUUUAAUACUGCUUGCAUUACCAAACUAUUUCCAACACGUUCACAUACUGUUGCUGCUCAGGGGGGUAUAAAUGCUGCUUUAGGAAACAUGACUGAGGAUGACUGGAGGUGGCACAUGUAUGACACAGUGAAGGGAAGCGAUUGGUUAGGUGAUCAGGACGCUAUCCAGUAUAUGUGUAGAGAAGCACCAAAAGCAGUUAUCGAGCUUGAGAAUUAUGGACUACCAUUUUCUCGAACUGAAGAAGGAAAAAUAUAUCAACGUGCAUUUGGUGGUCAGAGUCUUGACUUUGGCAAAGGUGGACAAGCUUAUCGAUGUGCAUGUGCUGCUGAUAGAACUGGGCAUGCACUGUUGCAUACGUUGUAUGGUCAGGCCAUGAAACAUAAUACACAGUUUUUCGUUGAAUAUUUUGCUUUGGAUCUACUCAUGGGCAGUGAUGGCAGCUGCCAAGGAGUUAUUGCACUGAACAUGGAGGAUGGGACAUUGCAUCGAUUUCGUUCUUCUUCUACAAUCCUGGCAACUGGGGGCUAUGGUAGAACAUAUUUCUCAGCAACCUCUGCUCAUACUUGCACAGGAGAUGGAAAUGCUAUGGUUGCACGUGCAGGCCUACCUCUUGAGGAUCUUGAGUUUGUACAAUUUCAUCCAACUGGUAUAUAUGGUGCUGGCUGCCUCAUUACUGAAGGAUCUCGUGGUGAGGGUGGUAUUUUAAGGAACAGUGAAGGGGAGCGAUUUAUGGAACGUUAUGCCCCCACAGCCAAGGAUCUUGCAUCAAGAGAUGUUGUGUCAAGGUCAAUGACAAUGGAAAUCCGAGAAGGUCGCGGUGUAGGACCCAUGAAGGAUCACAUUUACCUUCACUUGAAUCACUUACCGCCGGAAGUUCUCAAGGAGAGACUUCCUGGUAUUUCUGAAACCGCUGCCAUCUUUGCUGGCGUUGAUGUCACAAAGGAGCCAAUUCCAGUUUUACCUACCGUGCAUUAUAACAUGGGUGGUAUUCCAACAAAUUAUCAUGGGGAGGUUAUUACCAUUAAAGGUGAUGAUCCUGAUGCAGUUAUUCCUGGACUGAUGGCUGCUGGAGAGGCAGCAUGUGCCUCCGUUCAUGGUGCCAAUCGGCUUGGUGCAAAUUCCCUUCUUGACAUAGUUGUUUUUGGUCGAGCCUGUGCAAAUAGAGUUGCAGAGAUCCGUAGGCCAGGUGAGAAGCAAAAACCAUUAGAAAAGGAUGCCGGAGAGAAGACUCUUGCAUGGUUAGAUAAGAUUAGGAAUUCAAAUGGUUCACUUCCUACCUCAAAGAUCAGAUUGAACAUGCAGCGGAUAAUGCAAAAUAAUGCUGCUGUUUUUCGGACUCAGGAGACAUUAGAAGAAGGUUGCAACUUGAUUGACAAAGCAUGGGAGAGCUUUCAUGAUGUUGAGUUGAAGGACAGAAGCUUGAUAUGGAACUCGGACUUGAUAGAAACUAUAGAGUUGGAAAACCUCUUGAUCAAUGCAUGUAUCACCAUGCAUUCGGCCGAAGCUAGGAAAGAGAGUAGAGGAGCUCAUGCCCGUGAAGACUUUUCGAAAAGAGAUGACGAAAAGUGGAUGAAGCACACACUUGGAUACUGGGAGAACGAGAAGGUGCGACUAGACUACAGGCCGGUUCACAUGAACACUCUGGAUGACGAGGUUGAGACUUUCCCUCCAAAGGCUCGCGUAUACUAACAAUCUCGCAAACAUUCAACAAUCGGUCGGUGAAGAAACGACUUGCAACAAAAGGUUAGCAAUAAAUUAUUUGAAAGUGCAAAGAGAUUUGUUAAUAAAUUGUUGCAUUCAUUAAAAAUAGUUGGAAUUGUGGUGCAACCCCAAAGAAAAAAACCUGCAUAUGAAGAGCCUUUUGAAAACUUGGCCUUUGUUGUAUCUUAUUAUGUUAGAGAAGAGUUGGUGUCCUUUUGCUAUUGGUUUAUAAUCCUCAUUUAAGCUUUUAUGCU